AUGCUUUCGAAUUGUCUCUUCUGGCUUUCUGUUGCUAUUAGCCUCGCUGCUGCACGUCCCUCCCCCAGAAAUGCCUCGCGAGUGGACAAAAGAGCGGCUUUACUUAGUAGUCAACGCCUGAACACUGUCUCCACAUUCACGACUCUUGACGAGAGCGGCGACUCUUCUCCCACCAAGCGUCAGGAAUGGAAUGCGGAUCCACAUGCAAAUGAUCUUGCGAAUGGGACAGUCCCCUACUACGUCCAAGCCGCAACGCUGCGAGUGCAAAAGGUCGUACCAAGCGCAAGCUUGCGCAUCGAAGAUGGCUAUUAUAUUGGGACCAAUGGAGUGGGCCAUGUUCACUUCCAGCAGAUGGUGGACGGAAUUGAUAUUGAUACUGCCUAUUUUAACGUCAACAUAUUGGAGAACGGAACUGUGCUUUCCUACGGACACUCGUUCCACUCGGAUGCCUCCCCCACACCAAAGGUUGCGAGAAAGAGUGAAAAUACCGUAACUCCUCUAGAAGCGUUCGAGAACGCUGUCAAGCUUCUCAAUCUUCCUAUUGAAGAUGGUGCUGGUGCAGCUGUAGAAAAGAUCGACGGCCUAUUCGAGAGCUACACUAUCAAGUUGACCAAGGGCUGUGUGGCAGACCCAACAGCAAAGUUGGUAUAUGUCAACAGAAACGCCUCGCUCAUCCUCACCUGGCGAAUAGAGACGGACUUCGGGUCGGACUGGCUCAUGUCCUACAUUGACGCUGCUUCUGGGAACGAGGUUGUAGGAGCCGUUGAACACACAAAUGGUGCUACUUACGAAGCUUUCCCGUGGGGUACAAUGAACCCCGACGAAGGCUCUCGUGAGCUUAUUGCCAACCCGGAGGAUAAGCUGUCAUCGCCAUUUGGCUGGCACUCAGAUGGCAACCAGAGUUACACGACCUUGAGUGGAAACAACGCAUAUGUUACUAUUGGAGAUUCAACAAGCAGCGUUCCCGAUUCACCCUCACUUGCCUUCUCCUACCCGUAUUCUCCCUCUACCACUGACUGGCAAUCAUAUGUGAACGCAUCGGCCACCCAGGCUUUCUACACCGUCAACAAAUUCCACGACAUCCUUUACACCCUGGGUUUCACCGAGACGGCGGGGAAUUUUCAGGUGUCAAACAACGGCAAAGGUGGACUCGGCGGCGACCCUGUGCAAAUUAUAGUCCAAAGCUCGACUGGUUCCGCUACGAUGACAACGCCAGCCGACGGGAGCAGCCCUCGCCUAACCAUGGGCGUGUGGACGGGUGCCGGUACUCCGUACCGGGACUCUGUGUUCGAUUCGACGGUUCUCCUUCACGAAUACAUGCACGGCGUGACGGUGCGUCUGGUCGGCGGGCCAACCAUCUCCGGCUGCCUCUCGAGCGGCACAACUGACGGUCUUUCAUUAAACGAGGGCUUCUCUGACUUCGUGCCAACGCUCCUUCGUGUCAAGGCUGGAGACACCCGAAACACUGAUUAUACCAUCGCGGACUGGGCGACUGGCGCGCCGAUCGGCCUCAGAUCUCACUACAUCUCGACCAGCCUGCAGACCACGCCUCUCACCUUCGAGUCGCUGAACGUUUUGAGCAGUAGCGGCGGCUUCGACCUGGCCACCGUGUGGGCUACGGCCCUGUACGAGGUUUUCUGGAACCUAGUCGAUACCUACGGUAUAGGAGACGUGGACAAGGUGACGCUGGGUGCGGAUGGGCUACCACAGGGGGCGCGCUAUCUCCUGCUCAAAUUAAUCCUGGACAGUGAUGCCCUGAUGCCUUGCUCCGCGAACCAUUUGCAGGCGCGCGACGCGCUGCUCCAAGCCGAUCGUGUUCUUUCUGGGGGCACUAACCAGUGCGCCAUCUGGAAAGGCUUUGCCAAACGAGGGUUUGGGCAGGAUGCUGUCAGGGGGUCUGGAUCGGAGACGAGAGUGAAUGGGUUUGUUGUACCUUCUAAUUGUUGA